CUGUUGUUAUAUAAAGAGACUUACAUUCUAUAAAUAUAUUAUUAUGAACAACAACUUUGAAGAGAGAACAAACUUAUAAGAAAGCAGCAUGGGGAAGUUGUGUUUCGCUUGUAUUGUUUUGGCUUCUGUUUUGAUAUGCCAGUCAUCGCCAAUUAAAAAGUUGCAGAGCCGUGACUUUGACCUACACAAUGUUGUGAGAUUCGCAUAUGACAGACAGGGCUUAGAAAAGGAACUGGGAGAAGCAACAACUGCAGAAGUACAGGAAUUUCUUCAAUCAGUCCAGAAGGAUUUGAGCGACAUCGAGGCUAUUACCCAAAAGAUAUUACAUCAUGACUGGACCACAGAGCUGGAACUUACUGAAGAAGAACAAGAACUCCUCUUUCAUUUGUGGAUAAUGGAUUCCUACCUACCAAAUAUUGGAGGUGGCCCAAAGAGUCUUUUCUUGGAAGAUUGUAAAAAAGAAUACAUGGCCACAGAUUUUAGCACGGAGGCUACUUUUGAUGAUGCAAAAAUGGCUGCAUUGGUACAGAUUUUGACCUGUGGAUAUAAUGGUUGGAGAACGAUGGAGCAUGUAUUAGACAUUAGUGACCUAACAGAAGAUGACUUGAAAUCAGUGGGCACGAUGGCUGAAAUAGUGGAAAAGAUCUCAAUUGGUGUUUCUGAGAUGUUCACCCUUGGACGAUUUCUUGAAGUUAUUGCUACACUGGACGGAUCCGAGUACACCGACCAAGAAUCGUUCAACAAAGCUUUGAAAAGUGAUGCCAUAGAAAAGAUGGACAAGAAACCAAAUGGUGAGCAUACAGACGAGGGAAUGGGUGAUGAUGACAAGGACGAUAGUAGUAAGCCAGAUGGUGACAUGCGUCCAAGGCCCACAGGCGCUCGUCCAAGGCCCACAGGUGCUCGUCCAAGGCCAACAGGUGCUCGUCCUAAGCCAGAUGGCGACAGAAAAAACAUGCGUCCAAAGCCCACAGUACAAAGCAUUGACCAAGUCUUAGAGUCUCGUAAUGGCAAAUCAUCAUCAAACGCCGUUUCAUUAGUAUCUAGAAUAAAUAGAAUCAGGGAUCUCAAGGAGAAAAUCUUAUUGUCUAAGAUUCUGAAGGCUUUAAGUGACAAACGCAAAUAAAUUAACGGAAAACGAUGGAACAAAGAGGAAUUGAAUCGAAAAUUAUUUAAAGCUAAAGUUUCUCAUAUUUGAAUUGUUUUUACAUCUUAGAUUUGGCUUUUAUAUUAAACUACCUUGCAACAGA